AUGUGUGACCUGUUCCUGGGAACGUGGAAACUCAGCUCUAGUGAAAAAUUUGAUGACUACAUGAAAGAGCUGGGUGUGAGUUUAGCCACCAGGAAACUGGGCAGCCUAACCAAACCCAUUGUGACUAUCAGCCUUGAUGGGGAUGUGCUAACAAUCCAAACCAAGAGCACUUUCAAAAGUACUGAGGUCUCCUUCAAGCUUGGGGAGGAGUUUGAGGAAACUACAGCAGAUGACAGAAAAACAAAGAGUAUUGUAACCUUAGAUGAUGGCUCACUGACUCAGGUGCAGAAGUGGAAUGGCAAGGAGACCACAAUAAAGAGAAGAUUAGUGGAUGGGAAGAUGGUGGUGGAAUGUACCAUGAACAAUGUCACAUGCAUCAGAAUAUAUGAGAAAGCAAGAGGACAUUAA